ACAUAAUAAUAGAAUGAUUGCUAUUUGAAGCCGCUGAGGUUAAGUGGCAAGAGAUAAACAGACACACAACCCCUCUCUGGAAAGGAUGAGGAAAUCUGCAACCUCAAAAGGAAAAGGGAGGCCCACUCGACUGCAGUGUGGAAGCUCGGUGUAAAGGGAGGGCAUGAGAGGACUGGAGAGGUGCCAGGUGUGGACCAUCCUCGGACACCAGCCUGGUCACUUUUCUAGGACCGCUCAAUGCCUUCUCCUGUCAGUGUCGCAACCCACUGGGUUCAUCCUUCCACUUCCACACUUGGGGCGCGGGGAAGGGCUGAAUGUGGGCACCACUGGUCCCGAGGGCGUGACGGGAAUUUCUCCUUCGGCGGGCGCCCACCUCCUGGCACCCGUGGCACAGCUCCGGGAACGGCUGCGGGCUCAACCGCUGCUUCCCCGACAGCGCCACCGCAGUUCCCCGGAGACAGAAGUGAAGCCGAACCGCCAGAAACCGUAGAUCCAGGGAGGUCGGUGCCGCGAGGAACUCCAGUUCCCCGGGACCGGAAGUGACAGCGGACCGCCGGAAACCGUAGAUCCAGGGAGGUCGGGACCGCGGGGAGCUGUAGCUCCCCGGAACCGGAAGUGAUAGCGGACCGCCGGAAACCGUAGAUUCGGGGAGGUCGGAGCCGCAGGGCGCUGUAGUUCUCCCGCGAAUCAGAGAACUAGGCAGAGAGCGGAGCUGGCGGCCGGGCAGCAUGGCGGGGCUGGAGCUCUUGUCGGACCAGGGCUACCGGGUGGACGGUCGGCGCGCCGGGGAGCUGCGCAAGAUCCAGGCUCGGAUGGGCGUGUUCGCGCAGGCUGACGGCUCGGCCUACAUCGAGCAGGGCAACACCAAGGCGCUGGCGGUGGUCUACGGCCCGCACGAGGCGAGUGGGCGUGCGGGAUGGGAAUCGCGUGACCGCGGGAUCUGCGGGGCAGCCGGGCUGAGCACAGGUUCGGGGACUUGAGAGGUGCGGCCGGCGCGCCUCAGUCUACACAGCCGAUGCUCAGCACUGCAUCUCACUCGGAGUAAAUGCAAGUCUUUAGUGUGCUGCGCGGUGGUCCUGCCUUUCUCAUCGGUCUCUGUGCCUGCGCUCUCCCUCCUCUUUGCGGCUCUUCAACGUGCCAGGCACUCCCCCACUCGCUCCCUCUCCUCUCAGCUCUACUCCGACGUCACUCCUUCCCAGACGGCUUUAUCCAUGCGAUCCGGGGUUCCCGGGCUCGAGCCCUGCCGGACAGGGCCCUAGUGAACUGUCAAUAUAGUUCAGCGACCUUCAGCACAGGUGAGCGCAAGCGACGGCCACAUGGGGACCGGAAGUCCUGUGAGAUGGGCCUGCAGCUCCGCCAGACUUUCGAGGCAGCCAUCCUCACACAGCUGCACCCACGUUCCCAGAUUGAUAUCUAUGUGCAGGUGCUACAGGCAGAUGGUGGGACCUAUGCAGCUUGUGUGAAUGCAGCCACACUGGCAGUGCUGGAUGCUGGGAUACCCAUGAGAGACUUUGUGUGUGCGUGCUCAGCUGGCUUUGUGGACGGCACAGCCCUGGCGGACCUCAGCCAUGUGGAGGAGGCAGCUGGUGGCCCCCAGCUGGCCCUGGCCCUGCUGCCAGCCUCAGGACAGAUUGCGCUGCUUGAGAUGGAUGCCCGGCUGCACGAGGACCACCUGGAGCGGGUGUUGGAGGCUGCUGCCCAGGCUGCUCGAGAUGUGCACACCCUCUUGGACAGAGUGGUCAGGCAGCAUGUGCGUGAGGCCUCUAUCUUGCUGGGGGACUGACCACCCAGCCACCCAUGUCCAGAAUAAAACCCUCCUCUGCCCACACAA